ACUCAACUCAAUCCUUGAUCCGCAUACGCAUUGUAGCUCCGUAGGCCUCAACUAGGCAAGAGCAAGAUUAGCAGUAGUAAAUGAGAACGUACCGUAUGCAGGCUCAUCCGCUGGCUUCUGUUACUGAAACAACCACAGUUUUGUUGCUCAAACAUCUUCUCAAGCAGGGUUUCAUCUAAAAUGAGUAAUCCUGGAGAAAACGACUGUCUUUUGGGAACUGAAUCUACUCCAAUAACCAUCACUGAUAGCCCAGUUACGGAUCCCGGCUCUGUCGUCAAAAGUAUAGAAGGAACUAAUGCAGCAAUUUUAGGACAAAGGAAAUUGGAUAGCAAAGCUUCCGGAGCUCUGAAGAAAUCAUCUCGCUAUCGAAGUCGGUCCUUAUCAGCUUCAUCCACUGACUCAUACAGCUCUGCUUCUUACAGCAGCUCUGAUGAGGAUGACGUUUCACCACGAGAAAAAACGCAGAAAAAUUACACAGGUUUUUCCGAUUUCUGUGUCAAAAACAUCGAGCAAUGUGUGUUUGGCCGAAGAGAAAUCGAAAUCGCAGAGCAAGAAAUGCCUGGAAUAAUGGCUCUGCGAAAAAGGGCUGUUGAAGACAAGCCAUUGAAAAAUGCGAAAAUUGUUGGUUGUACACAUAUAAAUGCUCAAACAGCUGUAUUAAUCGAAACAUUGGUUGAGCUUGGAGCUCAAGUCAGAUGGUGUGCUUGCAAUAUAUUUUCAACUCAGAAUGAAGUCGCUGCAGCUCUUGCCGGAGCGGGCUACCCUAUAUUCGCUUGGCGUGGUGAAACAGAGGAGGACUUCUGGUGGUGUAUUGACAGAUGCAUUAAUGCCGAAAAUUGGCAGUCAAAUAUGAUUUUGGAUGAUGGUGGUGAUGCUACUCAUCUCAUGCUAAAGAAAUAUCCAGCUAUGUUCAAAAUGAUCAAAGGAAUUGUGGAGGAGAGUGUUACAGGUGUUCACAGACUGUACCAACUCUCCAAGGCUCAGAAACUGACAGUACCUGCUAUGAAUGUCAAUGACAGUGUUACUAAAACUAAAUUUGAUAAUCUUUAUAGUUGCCGUGAAUCCAUCAUUGACAGUCUGAAGAGAUCCACCGACGUUAUGUUUGGAGGCAAGCAGGUUGUUCUUUGCGGAUAUGGCGAGGUUGGAAAAGGUUGUUGUCAAGCCUUGAAAGGCCUGGGAUGCGUUGUGUAUAUAACUGAAAUUGAUCCGAUUUGUGCUUUGCAAGCAUGCAUGGACGGCUACAGAGUUGUGAAGUUGAAUGAAAUCAUUCGCUAUGUAGACAUUGUUGUGACCGCUACCGGGAAUAAGAAUGUUGUCACAAGAGAACACAUGGACAAGAUGAAAAAUGGAUGCGUUGUUUGCAACAUGGGGCAUUCUAAUACCGAAAUUGAUGUCAACAGCCUACGAACGCCUGACUUGACAUGGGAGAAAGUCCGUUCUCAAGUCGACCAUAUCAUCUGGCCGGAUGGAAAACGAAUAAUAUUGCUUGCCGAAGGAAGGCUCGUCAAUCUCAGCUGUUCCAGUCUGCCAUCUUUUGUUGUAUCAAUCACAGCAGCUACUCAGGCUCUAGCUCUGAUAGAACUCUUCAAUGCACCUCAUGGUCGUUACAAGUCCGAUGUAUAUCUGCUACCAAAGAAAAUGGACGAAUAUGUAGCAAGUCUUCACCUGCCAACCUUCGAUGCCCAUCUUACUGAGCUAAGUGAUGACCAGGCCAAGUAUAUGGGUUUAAACAAAGCUGGCCCCUUCAAACCAAACUAUUAUAGAUACUAGAAUAAUUGCAAUACUCAUUGCGAGCACGUGGCAACCCGUCAACUUUCAUCUAACAAUUGAUUCAACUCAAACUCGAAUUAUGUUGAUCAUAGAAUUUGUAUGAUAUUGAUAAUUUUUGGAAGUAGUGUGCUAUUAUUAGUGCUUAUUCUGAUAGAGAAUAUCUGUUACGAUGCUCAUUGUAAUAGUUAUAUAUUGAGAUGAUACGUAGUAUUUGAUUCUAAACCAGUUGACAGGUUGAGCGAAAUUGUUGGGAGUAGCUCUUCAUCAUCAAUAUCUUUAUUUCGCUUGUUAAACUUAUCAUUACUAUUAUGUUUAAAUCAUUGAUGUUUGAAAAUAUACGUAGAUUGAGUGUUCGACCAAUUUCCCAGAACAGUGAUUUAGAAUUUCCAUUAUAAUAUAAUAUAUUAUUAUAUUAUCUGAUAUUAUCUGAUAUUAUUACAUUUUGACUCCAAAACAUUUGUUACAAAAUUAAUUUGUAAUAUUAGUAAUGAAUAUUAUUAUUAUUAUUCGAUGAUAUUAAUUUUUGAUAUUUACUAUUUUUCUCUUGUUAUAUCAGCUGUAGAUAGCAUUGGUGCAUUAUCCAAGAUACUGCAUCUGAAAGCUACAAUUCAAAAAAAGCUGAGCAUCAAGUCAUCAUCUAUGUUUAUUUAUUCAAUGAUACUCAGGACACAAAUCAUUAUAAUGAUUGGGCAAGGACCAACAGCCCAAAACUGUUUCUUUCCCCCAAUGUUAAUUCUUACACUAUAUUUAUGAAUAUGUAGGUGUUUCAAUUUUUCAAUAGCUUUAUUUCAUAACUGUUCAACUGCCUACGUUUGUAGGUAAGCUUAGCGGAUGAAAAUACCUAGAAUGUAUUUCAGUUACACUGGAGGAAUUUAGAAUUCGCUAUUUUAUUGAAAACAUUUUUUUAUUCUAUUCGAAAAUUAACAAAAAUUAUUAUAUUGUGUUUGAAGCACAAUCUGAGCUGAAGAAACCAAGCUUUCCUUUAUUUUCCAAUUUGUCUUAUCAAGAAUUAUCAUAUCAUGUCUUAUCAACUUAAAAAAGGAGCAGAAAUUACUUAGCACGGAAAUGUUUUUGAAACACAAUCAUAAAAUUAAAAAACUAAGUUUUCAUUUGUGUUAUAAGAAAUUAUUUGAUAGAUAACUAUGUUUAUUGAUUUAUGAGUUAUUCACUAUUUUAUUAAUUCAUAAAUCUGUUUUACAGUGCAUUUCAGUUGACAGUGAUUUUCCAGUUAUGUGAAGUAAUUAUACUACAUUGCAUUUAAUUUGGCAUUUUAUCUUUUCUCAUUGCAUUUUUUUCAUCUAUUGAUUUUGCUGUUUUAGUUUAGAAAUUCAGUUCAACUUUGCAUUUUAUUUUUUGGCCAAGUGUUAACUACUUUUCUUCUAUUGCAGUCUUAUUCUUAUAUCUUAGGCCUAUUCACUUUCCAAUGACAUCCAAUUUAUGCCAGAAAUAUUGGGUUCCAGUUUCAAGACUUUAGAUUGUGAAACUUAUUCUGGAAAUAAUUGAUUUUAUUGAAAGAACUUCAAUAAAAUAGUAUUAUUCUAUUGGAAAAUAAUACCAGCAAUACACUGAAAACUUAGCUGAAUAUGCUCAGAAUUUAUUCUUGCUGGGGUUAUCAGAACCCCAGAUGCAUUUGUGUUAUCUACUGUGAAAGUUUUAAUAAGAUAGAUAAGCCUAAUAUUUUCAAUACAGAGAACAUGUGGCACUUAUAUUCUGUUUAAAGUUUUUGAACCCAAUCAAAAAACUUCAGGAACUUACUUUUUGAAAACUUAACAAAAUAUAUCUUCUAAAAUGUAUAAAAAUGAGUCUACUAAAUCAGGCUAAAUAUUAUUAUGUGUGUCGACGUAUUCAAUGUGGUUUAAUCAUGAUUGUAUAACUGUAAAUAAUAUCAUGUUAAAAUUGUAUUAUCUGAAAGUGUAUGUUUGGAAUAUAAUAACAAUUCAGAAGGAUUGAACCGAAUUUGACUCCAUUCUCUUGAAUGGAACUGCAUUCUCUGUUUAUUCUGCUUGGAUGUAGUUCGAUGUUAAAUAGGAGUUACUGUCAAUACUUCGAAGCACUCCGACGGUUUUGUACAUGUAAGUUGGUCGAAUAUUGUGUACUUAAUUCUAAUAUUCGGAUUAAUCCCAUUCAGUCUGAUGUGGUAUGUAUUAAGCCGUUGUUAAGAUGGCCUGAAGCUCAUGUCCAAAGUACAUUAUAUAAUGUAUAGACUACACCAAUUCUAUCAGCGUUCUACAAAUUUGUAACAUAUGUAAACUAUUUUUACAAUUUAUGCUCUCAGUCAAACUUUAUCGGUGUUGAAUGUUACAUGUUUACUAGAGUCUACUAUUUGAACUAGCCAGUUGAUUAAUGUUGGAUUGUCCUAUUUCGCUUCGUAUUACAUUGAGCAACAAGUCCUACAGUGAUGUUAUUGCCAAAUCUUAUUGUAUAUACUAUUUACAAACUCGAAAUUCCAAAAUUUACUUUUUCUUUUCUUUUGCAUCAAUUGCAAUGUGUUGUUAUUAUAUCAUAAUGAUGACGGGCUUUUUAGUUUGCUUGUCAUUCUACUCAAUAAUUACAUUUAUCUAUUUUUGUGUAAUUGACAAGGACUGGUUUGUUAUCAAAUGAACGUUCUUUGUUGAAAAAUAUUUUAGAAACAAACUUAGUAGUGAUGCAUAUUAAUGAUAAAUUGAAUAAUUCCUUAGUUACCUCAUCAGUAAGUUGAGUAGAAAAUACUUAGUAAUGUCUGGUAACAGCAUAUUAUUUUAAUCUUCACUGUUUCAAAUCAAUAUGAAAAUAUAGUAAAGGUUCAAAUUACUGAAAUCAAUAGUUUCUAACAAUAUAAUUUCGGAUGAUGCCUACAUGAGCCUUUUGCUUGUGCGUGGGUAAUGGAAAGUGGGAGUGUAAUUUGAUGAGAUCAAACAUCCAUGCCUACCGGCAGGUUUCGAACCCACCACCAGGUAGCACUAGCAGCCUGAAGGGUGCAAAGCCUUGGACCCUUAUUAUACAGAGCCUCUCUGAAGUACUCUGAGUCACAGUUUAGACGCUCCAGUCAAGCAGACUGAGUGAUUCAGUGCUUAUUUUACUAAUUAUUUUUCAUGAUUGGAGAGGAAUUUUUCUCGCCAAAUGGGGCCGUUUUCUCUGCAAUUCGGCAUCGAAUUGGCCCUAUGGCUCCGCAUAGUAGAGCCCUGUGACCGUUUUGCGCUUCUCCAGGACUUGUUUCAUUAUCUUCCUUAGUGGACGUUUUUGAGGCACCUGGGCGUGGCUCAUCAAAAAACUGAUGUGUGACCACGUUUAAACUAGUUAAAUUAAUUUUUUAUGGUCGCCAUUGGAGGAGUAGUCACCAGAAUCCAAGCGCUCUUUACUUUUGCUGCUCCAAAAACAUGAAUCAGAUCACCGAACGAUGUUGCUCUUAUUUUUCCAUUUUUCUAAAAUCCGCGGACACGUUCGUUUCCAUAUGUAGCCGAAAAAAAUCCAAUAUAGCUGAAAUUUUAACAGUAGCCGUAAACAAGAAUAUACUAAAAAAAAAAAAUAGAAAAUAUUUCUUACUAUAGUGGCGCCUUCAGGUGGUGAGGCUAAAAUACUUGUCAGACUGCCUUCGUAUAUACUACAUACAGGCCUAGUGACAAGGAUAAUUUGACGAUAGGUUUCUUUGAGGAUCCUAUUUAAAUAAAAAAAAAACUGCUUUUGUGGCUUCAAAAUUUUGGUCCGCCAUAUUCAGUCCAACUACAUUUUUUUAAUGGGAAGGUGAUACAACAGAUUUCGAUACAGAAUUUCAAGAGAAAAUUAAUGGCAAAAAUCGCACAUCGAUAUUUCAAACCGUUUUAGUUAUUCAAAAAUACCAUAAUACUGUAUAUAAAUAAUAAAUUUAACAAAAAUUAUAAAAUGAGUAAAAGGGCUUUGAAAUACCAAAAAUACGCCAAUAAUCUGCGUUUUCACUGCUUUUUCGAAAGCAAAUAAACAGGAAAUGUUAUUUUUUUACAGAUUUCAGCUAGAGGGCUUAGUAGUUUUGUCUCUAAGGGUGUUGAAAAUUAUUACGCCCAAGAUAAGCCAGAAACCGUCGAUUUUCAGUAUUAUAAGAACUAAUAGACAGAAACCUUUAAAAUUUGGUACUCUUGUUCAACCAAGGUGUACAAAUUUGUGGUGGAAAGUACUUAAAAAUGACGCCGAAUAUACGCCCAAAAUCGGCAUUUUUCUGCGUUUCUAAACAGGUUAUACAGUCUAGUAUAAAACUCGAUAUACGGUUCUACAGGUUUAGUUUAGGUUAUGGCGGUGCUAAAUAAGAGGUUUUCUUUUUUCCAGUUUUUCAUUGCGUUUCCAUGCAUUGUUCUAAAAUUCUCAAGUACAUUGGAACAUGAAAAGCUUAGGUAUGAAUGUUUUGUUCUGUACAUCAUUUGUUUCUCAAAUUUCAAAUAAGACUGGAAUACAAUAAUUCUCAUAUCUUAAUAAUGUCUGUAUGUGGGAAUUAGAUUUUCAUAAAUUCGAGCUUAAAAGUGUGUAUUGACUAAAUAGUCAAAUGACAAAAGCAAGCAACUCUAAUGAAAUAUGAAGGCAAGCAAAGCGAGCCUGCUGGUCUUAUUCCUGCAUUAUUCAGCCGGGGCGAAUGACUAGAUAAGGCGUGUGAAAAGAGCCUGCUGGCUAGUGAAUACAUUGUGAAGAGAUUUUAUUAUAUUCACAUCAACAACUGUACUUACGGCUAUAAUUAUUGUCAUAACUACUUGUCCACAUUACACUUCAUUCUUGAACAUGUAACUACUUGUAGUUGUAUGAUAUAUAAUUCUACUGAUUGAAAUUUGGUAGCAAUGAUAAUAUAAUUCCUCUCAAUAAGUAAUCAGGAAGCUUUAAUGUAUAAUUUUCAAAAAUGUAUAAUUUUAAAAAUUGUCUGUUGAAGCUCUGAAUAAAUAAGGCUCUAGUCGUCUUCGCUAUCCUGGCCGGCUGAAGUAGGGAAUAUGAAUAUACUUUUCUUAUAAUAUAAGUUCCGCAUUGAUCCUUUGAACCUUUCAAACAAUGAUCCAUUCUAUUAUAUUUCUCUAUGUUUACAUAAAUAUAAAAAUUCUGUUCUUUCCAUCAUGGGAAGGAUUUUGUAGAAAAUACAAUAACUAAAUUUUGAAAAUCUGAUAGAGUUAUGUCUUUCUUUUCAAAUAUAUAAAUUAUUACUAGUGUAUCAAUUGACUUCUAAGUACAGAUGCUAUUCAUUCGACUUUUAGUGGCAAUUUUUAUUAUUUCCAAACAUAUUGUAACGUAGAGUUUCAUGAUCCUGAAAAUCCUGUAUGCUGCUUGUAAUUGGAUUUUUGAAUAAAAUUGGAAACUGAUUGUUCA